CGAGGGCGGCCCGCCGCGGCCGGGGUGGUUGGGGCGGUCGCCAUUCCCCUGUGUGACGUCAUAGUGCAUUGUUGUGAGCGUAGCGGAGCAUCCCCGGAGCUGUCAGCUGUGCCGCUGCCACCGCCGCCGCGGGAAGCCCAGCCGGCCCGGCCCCUUCGCCCGCCCGGGGCUGCGAGAGCUCCGCGUCGCCGCCUCCUGGGCCGGGUGGACCCCGCGGGCCCCCGCCCCCGCCCCGCCGAGCCGCCCGCCCCCGCCCCCGCCCCCAGAACCAUCUCAAUGAGAUGCAAACAUGAAAGACAAGAGGAAGAAGAAGGACCGCACCUGGGCCGAGGCUGCCCGCCUGGCAUUGGAAAAACACCCCAACUCACCAAUGACUGCAAAACAAAUACUAGAAGUCAUUCAGAAAGAAGGGUUAAAAGAAACAAGUGGAACCUCUCCAUUAGCUUGUCUGAAUGCAAUGCUUCAUACUAACACUCGUGUAGGUGAUGGAACAUUCUUCAAAAUCCCUGGGAAGUCGGGACUCUAUGCUCUCAAAAAAGAAGAAUCAACUUGCCCUACAGAUGGAACAUUAGAUUUAGGAUGUGAAUCUGAGUUAGAUGGCACUGAAAUGGCAGAGACAAACAAUAAUAAUGGAGAAGAAAAUGGAGUUUGUCCAAAGCAGAUACCUGAAGAAGCGUCUUCCAAUAGAGACUCAAGCCUUACUAACACACCAGUGCAAAGCAAGCUAGUGUCUUCCUUUCAGCAGCACACCAAAAAGGCGCUUAAGCAGGCUUUAAGACAACAGCAGAAAAGAAGAAAUGGAGUCUCAAUGAUGGUAAACAAGACUGUUCCUCGUGUUGUUUUGACACCAUUAAAGGUGUCUGAUGAGCAGUCGGAUUCACCUUCAGGGUCUGAAUCUAAAAAUGGUGAAGCAGACAGUUCUGAUAAGGAAAUGAAACAUGGACAAAAAUCUCCAACUGGUAAACAAACAAGUCAGCACUUAAAGAGAUUAAAAAAAUCUGGUUUAGGUCAUUUGAAAUGGACCAAAGCUGAGGAUAUAGACAUAGAAACACCAGGAUCUAUUCUCGUGAACACUAACCUGAGGGCUUUAAUAAACAAACACACCUUUGCUUCCUUACCUCAGCAUUUUCAACAAUACCUCCUGCUUUUGCUUCCAGAAGUAGACAGGCAGAUGGGAAGUGAUGGAGUUUUGCGCCUCAGUAGUUCUGCUCUAAAUAAUGAAUUCUUUGCAUAUGCAGCACAGGGAUGGAAACAACGAUUGGCAGAAGGAGAAUUUACUCCAGAAAUGCAGUUGCGCAUCAGACAAGAGAUUGAAAAAGAAAAGAAAACUGAACCUUGGAAAGAAAAGUUCUUUGAGAGGUUUUAUGGUGAAAAGUUGGGAAUGUCAAGAGGAGAAUCUAUGAAGCUCACUUCAGUACAGAUCAGUAAUGAAGAUGAGAGUAGCUUACUAUGUGGAUCUUCUGGUACACCAGGUCCUUCUAAGCAAGCAACAUUUGAGGAGCAUGAACAGAAAAGCACUAAAAUUCCACCUCCCCAAGAAAGAGAUUAUUGUCACUCUCUCAGUAACAUGGAGCAGGCUCCAGUCAAAGAUCUAAUGACAGAAUCAGAGUCAGAGGAUAUAUUGAUACCUGAAGAAUCAGUAAUUCAGGAGGAGAUUGCUGAGGAGGUUGAGACCAGUAUCUGUGAAUGCCAGGAGGAGAACCAUAAAACAGAACAUGAGUUUUCUGAGGAUCCGGUAAAUCCUAGUGCUACAAACUAUGAAACAGAAGUGCAACUUGCAGAUAGCUCAGAGUCCUGUGUUGUGAUGAAUGAUGUAAUAGAUACUUUGUCUCACAUUGAAAUUAAAGUGGAGUUGAAAUCAGAAAGUCCUCAGGAAGAAAUGUCAGUUGUGAUUGACCAGCUGGAGGACUGUGUAUCACCUGCACAGUCUGCUUCAUCUAUAAACUCUGUCAGUGAUGCAGCAGGGAAGGAUCCUGAGUCUACAAAGGAGCUAAGUACUUCAGAGACACAAAGCACCAGUUUAGAGGGCUCGUUAUUCGCUGCUGGAGGCAUUGCUGUGGAUAUGGAACUACAGAGUGAUCCAGAGGAACGGUUGUCUGAAAAUGCUUGUAUUUCUGAAACUUCCUUUUCUUCUGAAAGCCCAGAGGGGCCUUGUGUCAGUAUUGCAUCCCCAGGGGGUGAUACCCAGUCCACUUCUGAGGAGCCCUGUACUCCAGCAUCUCUUGAAACAGCUUGCUCAUCUGAGGUUUCCAGCACUGAAAAUAUUGAUGCUGAUAGUCAGCAGAAGACCUCUGAUGAAAAUCUACACACACCUUUAAUGUCAGAGAUAUCUCCAAUGUCCACUUCACCUGUAACCUCAGAAGCAUCUUUGAUGUCAAACUUGCCUUUGACAUCAGAGGCAUCACCAGCUUCUAAUUUACCUUUAACAUCAGAAACUUCUCCAAUGUCUGAUGUACCUUUAACAUCAGAAACCUCUUCAGUGUCUUCUGUGCUUCUAACUUCUGAAACAUCUCUGGCAACCAGUUUACCUCUUCCAUCAGAAACAUCUCCAAUUUCUAAUUCUCCAAGGAGUGAAAGACUUAUUCUACAGCAAAGAAAAUCCCCAUGUUUGUCUGAAGAGUCCCUUCCCAUUUUAAGAGAAGAAACCUCUUCCAUUCCUAAGGUUCCUCAAGAGGAAAAUCUUGUGCAUCAAAAACAGUUUCAGAAUAUACCUGAAAAUAUGAAAGUGGGUCCGCAGACCAUUAUACCUGAAAUGUCAUUAUUGGAAGAGUCCCAGAGCAAAAACCUGAGUCAUCAGUCUUGCAAAUCGCAUUCUGAAAUUGAGAAAUCCUAUGUUGUCUCCAUUCCAGAACACUCUUCUCCAGAAGUGAUCAAAAUUAAAAAUAAUGUUCAGCAAAGAGCUGAAAAGAAAAAUACACUCUCACCAUCAGAGGUAUCUGUUUUAUCAGAAGCAACGGUGGGUAAAAACAGUGAACUCCUUCCGUCAAAACCCCAGGAUAAACUAUAUACCUCAUCCUUAGAGAAGGCUUCGUUCUCAGAAGUGUGCAGAAGUAAGGCUUACAAACCACCAACCAAUGCACAGAGCCGGUUGGAGAAUUCACAUUCUUCUAAGUCAUUAGAACCAACAAAGUCUCCUGAAGUAAGAAAUGAAACUAGAGACCCAGAGAUCCCAAAGAGGAAGACCGCAGAGCAGCACAGUUUUGGAAUCUGCAAAGAGAAGAGAGCUAGGAUAGAAGACGAUCUGUCUAAUCGGAAUGCUUUGUUGACGAGUCCUUUUGAGAAAGAGCAGCCACCUAGAGAAGAGCCACGUGUCCCACCCCUCAAGAUUCAGCUCUCAAAAAUUGGGCCACCUUUUAUUAUCAAGAGCCAGCCUGUUUCCAAACCAGAACCUCGGGUUUCCCCGAGUACGUCAGUCAGUAGCGGGAGGAACACUGGGGCUAGAACUCUUGCAGAUAUCAAGGCAAGAGCUCAGCAAGCUAGAGCCCAGAGAGAGGCUGCAGCUGCAGCUGCGGUGGCAGCAGCCGCAAGCAUAGUCUCUGGAGCUAUGGGGAGUCCAUGCGAAGGUGGGAAGACAAGAACGCUGGCACAUAUCAAGGAGCAAACCAAGGCCAAGCUAUUUGCAAAGCAUCAAGCCAGAGCCCACUUACUCCAGACCAGUAAAGAAGCAAAAUCACAGCUGAGCUCAAAGGAAGGUACCUCAUCCUUGGAGGUCUCAGCUUCUUCUGACACAAAGAUUGAAGGUUCUACUGGUGUCAUUAUAGUUAACCCUAACUGCAGGUCUCCUAGCAACAAGUCCACUCACCUCCGUGAGACGACCACUUUAUUGCAGCAGUCACUUAAUACAGCUACAUUACCAGAAACUGCUACCGACAUAUCUGUGCACAGUUCUGAUGAAAAUAUACCUAUGCCACAUUUGUGUGAAAAAAUUAUUUCAUCUACCUCUACUGAAAAUAACAGUGUGCCAGUGCUUUAUAAUAAAAAUUCAGUCUCUGUGUCUAUUUGCAACACUGCUAUGUCAGGAGCAAUUAAAGAACUUCCCUUUGCAAGUUCUGUUGAUAAAUCCUCUGUUUUAAUGUCUGUUGACAGUACGAAUCCAACGGUGUCAGCUUGUAAUAUGAACAUGCUGAAAUCCAUCCAAGGGGCUGAUACUCCGUGCAUAGCUGUUGCACCAAAAUGUAUUGAUAACAGUAAUGUUCCAGUCUCGAUAGACAAUGCAGUCUUAUCAAAUUCCAUUGAUGAGAAAAGGUUGCCAAUAUCAAGUAGCAGUGCAAAUAAUGCAGCCUCCAGUCAAUAUACCACUGUGCCAGCUUCAUCCAUUGCAAGUAAUUUGCCAAAUCAUCUCUCUGGUAGUUCUGUACUGAUUCCCCCAGUGGGGACUACCAACAGAUUUUCUUCUGACAAGAUAGCCAUAAGUGGGUGUAAUGAGCAAAGUACUGUAUCCAUUAACACUACUGUUAGAUCAGCUUUAAGUUGCGGUGAUGCAGUUCCAGGAGCAGACUCUGUUGCAAGGCCAACCAUUUCAAUGUUUACUGGUAAUAUGGUGACAAUAAGUUCUUAUGACAAUGCUACUAAAUUAAGUGCUGAUAUCUUAGAAAAAAAUUCUGGAACACGAAACCGAAUAGAUCUGUCUGGUAAAUCCCAGGCAGUGAACUUUACGCAGACAGCCAUGAACAGAUCUAUACCAUGCAAAGUCAUUGUUGAUCACACUACAACACUGAACUCCAGUUUGUCGCUGGCUGCUUCCAUUGAAAAUGCAGAAAACAGCACAGACCUGCAAAGCAGACCUGUGAGGACAGAAACUGCCUUACAAAAUAUAGCAUGUCCUCAAGUGUCUGUAAUAAGCAGGCCUGAAAUAGUCACUAAUGAAGGUCUCGAGCACAGUUCCAGCUUUAUCACUGUUGCAACAAAGCAAGGUGGCAAAAACUUGCAGGCAGGAGGUUGUUCAAGUCUUCGAGAAGUGCCUCUUACUCCUCAAGAAAAAUUAAUUGAGGUUGUUGCUCCUAGCCAAGGUUUUGCUGAGCAGUUACGAGGUCCUUCAUCCUUUAAAAAUGAAACAGAUGCUGCCUGUGCCAAUCAGUAUAACACUAAUAACAGAAUUUGCUGGCACAAUGAAGAGGUAAUGAACAUGGACCAACCAGUGGUCAGCCAUCUAAACUCAAGUAAGCAUAAAGAAUAUACCGAGCAAAACUGUUUAAAAAAUGUCAAAACUGAACCUUUGAAUUACACGCAGUUGUCAGAGUUGCAGUCAAGGAGUUUGAUGACAAGUAUUGGUGUUUCUGUUAAAUCAGAAACUAAUGAAUCUGACAAGUGCUUUAGGAUGGACACUGAAGAUUUUACAGGACCCGAAAUGCCUUCGCAGACUGCAGAAAUAGCCACAAGUGCACAGCCGACACAGACCUCCAAGACAUCUGUUACAGAUUCCAUGGAGGACUCUCUGUCAUUGACAACAGAAACCCUAAAAAGAGUUGCAAGUGCUGGAAGCUCUAGCUGUCGUUUAUCAUCAGUAGAGGCCAACAACCCUCUAGUGACCCAGUUACUGCAAGGCAACCUGCCUUUGGAAAAAGUGCUGCCGCAGCCCAGAUCUGGAGCCAAACUAGAAAUUAACAGGCUUCCCCUGCCUUUGCAAACUACCUCAGUAUGUAAAACAGCAGCGUCUGAGAGAAAUAUUGUUGAAAAUCCUUCCAGCUCUCCCAAUCCAGAUGGUAAAGGAUUUACAGCAAGCAGCAUAGUCCCAAUGCAGAUCAGAAAGCGUGAAAACCAUCCAAAAAAGAGGCUGGCCAGGACUGUAGGGGACCAUGCUCAAAUUAAAUGCGAGCCUGGGAAGAUGUCAAUGGACACAGAUGUUAAAGUGGCUCCUUGCAUAAUCAGUUCCAACAUGAAUCAACUAGGGCACGGUCAGCCAUAUAAACAAGAGUGGCUGAACAAGCAUGCAGUUCAGAACAGAAUUGCUCACAGCCCGGAGAUCAAGCAGCAGAAGAGGCCACUGGCUUCCUGCAGUUUCCAACAGAGCUUAUUUCAUGUUGACAAAAAUGGCAGCUUUCAUGCAGAAGCUAGUACCUCACACAGACAGCAUUUCUACCAAAUGUCCAUGGCUGCAAGAGGCCCCAUCCCUACAGCAGCUUUGUUGCAACCUACUUCAAAAGCCCCAUCUGGCUGCAGUGCGUUUGCUUUCAACAGACACCUGGAACAGAAGGGUUUGGGGGAGGUCAGUCUUUCUACAGCCGCUCACCAGCUGAGGCUAGGAAGUGUGUUUUCCCCUAAUAUUCAAAUUAAGGAAAGUGAUGACAUUGCCAGUGCCUCACAAACACUACAGAAUAAAACAUUAGUGCACCCUCCCCCUCCCCCACCGCUGCCUCCACCUCCCCCCCCACCACCACCCCCUCCUCCUUCUCUUCCUAACACAGAAGUCCCAUCUGAUCAAAAACAACCUACAGUUACUAUGGAAACCACUAAAAGACUUAGUUGGCCUCAGCCAGCAAGCAUCUGUAGCAAUAUAAAAUCUGAACCUGUUUCUUUUGAGGAAGGUCUAAGCAGCAGCUGCGAACUGGGCAUGAAACAAGCUUCCUAUGAUCAGAACGAAGUAAAAGAACAGUUAAAAGCAUUUGCAUUAAAAAAUGCAGAUUUCUCUUCCUAUUUACUAUCUGAGCCACAGAAGCCUUUUACCCAAUUAGCUGCUCAGAAAAUACAGACGCAGCACCCACAGCAGCAGCAGCAGCUCUGUGGAAACUAUCCAACCAUACACUUUGGUAGCACAAGCUUCAAAAGGGCAGCAUCUGCAAUUGAAAAAUCUAUUGGAAUUUUAGGAAGUGGUUCAAAUCCUGCCACAGGCCUGCCUAAUCCGAACACUCAGAUUCCAGUUCAGAAAUUUGCUGACAGUAGCAACACAGAUGAACUGGAACUGAAAUGCUCUUGCAGGCUGAAAGCCAUGAUUGUGUGCAAAGGCUGCGGAGCCUUCUGCCAUGAUGACUGCAUAGGCCCUUCCAAACUGUGUGUAGCUUGUUUGGUUGUACGGUAGAAACUGAAUCAAAGAUGCAGUAUCCCUUGUCAACAUGGGAGCAUGGAGCAAAGAAGUGGAAAAAUUGUAACAUUUUAGGCCAUAACAGGUUUGGGAGGGUUUGUUUUAUUUUCCCUGGUGAUACUUUGUUUCAGGAUUUAGUUCUUUCUGCUUGGAUGACAUUCCCUGGAAAGAAGAAGAAACCCUUAGAACUGCUUUUAAAAAAUGACAAACUCGUCACUAAGCUUCUCUGAGCAUUCUUGCUGUGUUAAAGAAAAGUUAUUAAAAUGUCAUUCCUAGCUUCUAUUUAUUUGCACAAAGUGCAGCAUGCUUUCCCCACUGUCAUUUAAGUAACAUAACCACCAGGUUAAAAAACAACAGGUUUGUGUCGUGAAUUGCAGCUGCUGGUGAACUGCAAGUGCAGAAGUAAGAAGAAGAGUAAUUAAUUGAGAAAAGACUGCUUGGUUUGGGGUAGCUUGAAGUUCUGCUACAUAUCAACCAUCAUGGGUAUUAAAAUUGGCUUGCAGUUUUUCUAAGGAUGAUUGCUUUCUUGAACUCACCUUUCCUCUCCAUGACUAAUUUACAGACAGUCUGCCUAGCAAAUGAGAAUGAAACUUAAAUUUAAAUUAGAGGAGUUUGCUUGCUCCUACACAAGACAUUAUGAAGGUGAGAUUUUAAUGGUCAGCUCUUGCUGUUGACUCCCUGAAAGAUUUAGUUUUGUUAAACGUGGUGAGUUACCUGGACCAGCUCUAGAAUCUGCUUGGCUUUAAGAGAAUUUGGAGAAAGUAAAUACUUCUAUACAGCUAAGCACUUUCCUCUCUUUUCCUGACCCUAUCCAAACCUUCUUUGUCUGUCUGUCCCAAACUUUGAUAUGGUACAUAUCUAUGUAAUAAGUAAGGUCUGGAUUUUAAUAGCAUUUCCAAGGCCUAAAAUUGAUUCUUUGAUAUAAUGAAUGCUUAAGGAGAGAUUCUAACUGUGUGUUGAGCUGAAUAGUAGGAAAUCAAAGUUACUUUGCCUCUUAUGUGAUUAUUUUCUAUUUAAGUAUGUUUUGACUUUAAAACAUUUUUUAAUGGCUUAUAACACUACCAUUUUGUUCUCAAAGAAUUCAGGCCACUUAUUUUAUCUUUCAGAAAGCAGAGAGUAAAAGGGGCAUUUUAAAGGGAUACUGCAUCUUUUAAAUAAUCUUCAGUAUUUAUCCAGUACUGUAUUUAUGUUGAGAACUAUAGCUGCAUUCCAGAUGCAUUAGCCACCAUAACAUCAGAGAAAAGCAGCAGUAAUUUUGGGGCCCUUUUCACCUAAAUGGAAAUUAAAGAGGGAUAAAACAUAUGCAGCUGUUGGGAAGAUGAAUAUGCCUGUCUUUUUUCCACUCCAGAGUCACAAACACAAAAUGGGGAGUGCAAGUAACCCAUAUGCUGACGUGGCUGGGACCACCCAAACAAUGAGAGCAUGGGGGAAAAAACCCUUACAGUGUGACCUCACUAAUCCAUGUUACAGUCUGCACACAAAAAAUGGUUUCGUCCCCAGUUCUCACUGAAACAUAGCAGUGAGAUGGGUACGAUGUUAUAUUACUUAGAUUUAAUUGUUUAUAUAAAACCUAUAAUACAACAUUUGCCAUUAAUUUGAAGUAUGAUAAUUAAGACUACACUUAGCAAAUUAAACAGUGCAUUGCUGUACUUUAUAUUGUUUGUAUUACCGUUGCUUACUCAUUAAUAAGCUUGUCACUUAUAAUUAGUUUCCCUGGGAGAACUGUAUAUUGGUGAGGUUCUACUGAAUGGGAGAGCCACAUUUUAUUUUCUUGUGGGACCAUGAAAAAUACCAUUCCCUUGGGUUGUCUUACAAAUGAAUUGGAACGUAUAGGAAUUACCUUCCUGCCAUCAAGAGCUCUAUGGUGCAACCUGAUUUCUGUUUUACUUUUAGUAGUAUGUCUAAACAUUAUUUUUGACACCAUGUGUUACAAAAGCCAUUGAUAAUUAACAGAACUCUUGCUUUGAUACAAUGUUUUAUUUUCUUCUUUUUAAAAAGUGUUCCUUUGGGAAAGGUGAAAAUCAUGCAGCAUAUCAGCACUUUUGAACCUUUCUGUACAAUAAAUAAAAUAAUUAAAUGAUAAACACUUGGAAAUGAAUUUCCAGCAGUAUGCUAAUCAAUUGCUGACCAAAUGGGUAAACCUGAGGAUAUUAUAUUCAGGCAUAUCAAACUGCAUUUUUGAGGAGAUGUUUGUAUUGAACUUAUAUUGUAUCUGUACAUGGGCUAGAUAAAGUAGUUUAUUCUCUUAUUUAAAUAGGCAGAAUGACCAGUUUUAGAAUGAUGAUAACCUGUGUUUAUAUGAACCCUUUCAGAGCUGGGUAUCUUUAUUUCUGGCUCAGACUUCCCUGUCCGCAGCACAUAUGGCAGUAUGUGUACUUGCAGCUUGAAAUAUAUUCUGUCAGUGACUGUAAAAACGGAAUGAAACAAAUUGUGAUUGAAAGUAAUAAUAGCUUCAGAAUUAUUUAAUUUUGAAUGAAGGAUAAGAAUGUAAGUAAUCUGAUAGAAAAUUCAUAUUGCCGUGUUUGUACUGUGAUUGCAACUUGCAUGUUUGAGAUAAGAUGAAGUCAUCUUAAAAACGGCAUUGAACCUAAAGAGUUUUAUAACACAAUUAAGCAAACUCCUCCAAGGUGCAAUUCCAUUGGCUUCUCUUGAUGUCGCUGGGGUUGUUCCAGGGAUAAAUUUGACCCACAGUUUAGACAUACUAUAGAGUAUUUGUUAAUGAUAGAUAAUUCUGAGGUAAAAUUAUCAGAGCCCUAACUGAUUUAGGAACCUAAAUCCCAUUGAUUUUUUUUUUUUUUUUUUUUUUUUGGACUUUGGCUACGACAGCCAAGAGUACCUUGUGAAAAUAUAUUACACGCGUGCUUAUGCAAAUUUUUACCCAUUGUCUUAAUCCAAAUGAGAGCACAGCUACAUUUAGAAAUUAAUUUUGUAUUGCUCUUUUUUUUUUCUUAUUUUCACUAGAUUUCAGUCUUUGUGCCUCUAGUUUCUCCUAAUCAUGCAGUUUGUUCCACUGAGCAUUUAUAAUUUAUGCACUGAAAAGUGGUGAGAAAGAUUUGCUUAUGAACGCACUGCUGGGGGGGAGUCCGGGGGUUGUCCAGCAGGAAUAAUCUAACAAAUGCAUUUUUGGAAAAUCUCCAAAGCCUUUUCCCUAGUAGCAGCACUUUUGGGGGGAGAAAGAAAAAACACUACUCUGCUCCUUUCUCCUCCUUUUUUUCUUUAAAUCUGCAUAUCCUUGAGGUGUGUAGAUAACAUUAGGGCAUUUGCAGCAUGUGUGUGUAUGUGUUUUCCUGUGCACAACUCAUUUUUCCAAGCAGAAAUUCCCUGUUCCAUUUCUUGAAAUAAUGUUUAAAAAUUGAACUGGGCAUUCCCGAUCUGCAUUCUGUUUAUCUGCUGAGGUUUAGUGUAUGAAAUGAACAAACUUUUAAAAAUCAAGGUUGAGCCAUAAAGCAGAAAUUAUAUCCUCUGUACUAUAGACUUGCUCGAUGAGGGUGAUGUGUGUUGUCAGGGUAAGCUACAGAAUGUGCAGGUGUUUUCAGGGCCCUGGAAUUCCUUGCACAGUUUAUCAACUGGUGCAUAUGGUGCUUUAUAAUGCAAUUUCUGAAGUAAAAUUACCUUAUGCUGCACUCCUCUUCCCCCUUACAAACACACGCACAAUUUCAAAAUAGUUAUUGUAGCCUCUGGUUUAACAGUUUCUCCAAGGUGUGGUGAAGUACCAGGAUAAACACUCAAGACAAGAGCUCAGAAAUGUCAUCUAAAGGGAUCAUCUUAGCUGACACAUGUGAAUGGCCCUGCUUUAAACACUGAAUAACUUCUACAGCUUUGUGACAGCAGCACAGCAGUUGUCCAUCUGUGUUUCUGUACAACAUUGUAGAGAAGCAAAAAAACCCCCACAAAACAAUAUUCAGUGGAAUAUCAUGGACCUGUGUAGCUAAAUGUUUCUGAAUCUAAAAAUCCUGUUGUCUUCAGUCAUCAUGCUUUGUCACUGUAAAACCAACAAAAAACAUUUUUUUAGUCUAAUUUAACGGAGCUGCUUCUUUUAUAGCACAUAAUUCGCUUUGUACUAUAUUUGAUAGUUACAGAAUAAUUUAGUCUGUAGAAUAACUUUGUUGUAUUUGUACUGUUCCUGAAUGUUACAAAAAAAGUGCUUUACUUUGUUGCCAUGAUUCUCUUGUACUGCUGUACAUUUUUUUCUGCUUUACAGAAACCUAACUCAAUUCACAUUUUCAGUACAGUUUUUUGGGGGGGGUGUUUGUAUGUAUUUUUUUUUUAUUUGUCAGUAUUCGGAAUGUUUACAUCUGUUUGACAUUAGCCAUUCAAUGCCUUUUUAUAGGCAGUAUUAGUCCUACAGUAUAACAGCAAUGUGAAAUCCUCUCAUACUUAACAUGCAUGAGAAAUAUAGAUUUAAGGGGGAAAUCCCUGACAUGCAUAGAUAUUUUUUUUCUAUCAACAUACCAUGAAGUAAAAACCCUCCUUCAGUCCUCUACCAAAGAAAAUAUUAUUCCCAUAGGACAAGCCCAGAAAUGGUUCUCUGAAUCCUCAGAAGGGGGAGUAGUUGAUUUCAAUGGGGUUGCUACAAUUUAAUACUGUUAUGCUUGCUUUGUUACCUGAAUAAAUGUGACUGACUGAAACAAGCAUUUUAACAAUUUUUUUUAAGGACAGUGUUUUCUUUAAAAUUCAGGGAUCAUGCUUUCUUUAAUGGUGCUGUCAUUUUUAUUUGUUUUUUAAAAAACAAAACAUUUGUUGCCUACAAAAAUGACCGCUCACCAAACCAUAAAUGAAGUAAAAUGAUUUGUGUGUCUCUAUUUUCUCUCUCCUCCCUUUCCCAUUUUCCCUGUCUCAGAAAAAUAACAACUUGGGCUUCAAUAUUAAAAUAUUCUGGAAAAAAAUAAAAAAGUAAAAUAUA